CCCAUACACACAGCUGCAUCUGGUGAACAGAAUGUUGCUGAUACAAGUGUUUAUCCUCGUACUGCUCUGCGUAGGUAUCAAAAAUAGUUCAGCAUCCUCAGAUGAUAGCAGUGAUGAACCAGACGAUGCGUGUGAGGAAAAGGAAUUAGAUAGUAAUUGUACAGGAGAAAGUAACAGGGAAGGAGGAAGUAACAGGAGAGGAGGAAGUAACAGCAGAGGAGUAAGUAACAGCAGAGGAGGAAGUAACAGCAGAGAAAGAAGUAAUGGGAGAGGAGGAAGUAACAGCAGAGGAGGAAGUAAUCAGAAAGAAGUAAGUAACAGUAAAGGAGGAAGUAACAAGAGAGGAGGAUGUAACGGUACAGGAGGUAGUAACGGGAGAGAAGGAUGUAAAAGGGCAGGAGGAAGUAACGAGAGAGGAGGAAGUAACGAGAGAGGAGGAAGUAAUGAGAGAGGAAGAAUUAACGAGAGAGGAGGAAGUAAUGAGAGAGGAGGAAGUAACAAGAGAGGAGGAAGUAAUGAGAGAGGAGGAAGUAACGAGAGAGGAGGAAGUAACGAGAGAGGAGGAAGUAAUGGGACAGGAGGAAAUAACGGGACAGGAGGAAGUAACAGUGCAGGAGGAAGUAACGAGACAGGAGGAAGUAAUGGGACAGGAGGAAGUAACGGGGCAGGAGGUAGUAAAGGUGCGGGAGGUAUUAACAGGACCGAAGGAAGUAACGGGAGAGGAGGAAGUAAUGGGACAGGAGGAAGUAACGAGAGAGGAGGAAGUAAUGGGACAGGAGGAAGUAACGAGAGAGGAGGAAGUAACAGGACAGGAGGAAAAAAUGGAUCAGAAGGAUCCAAUUCCACAGGUCACUUGAAUAUCAUCAUCCCUUGUGUUGUUAUUUUGUUGCUGCUAACAAUUUCUGCUACAGUCUUUGUUUUAUGGAGAAAGAAGCACAGGAGACAAGGAAAUGCAGGAAAUGGAGGAAAUUUUCCCAGACAGGCUCUGACCACUGUUUAUAUUGAAGCAAAAAAUCCAGAAAUGAAAGAACUACCUGUGAUGACCACAAACACACAGCACUUCUAUGAGGAAAUAACUGACCGGCCGCAGAUAACUGGAGAUACAAAGAACGAUUCAUGUAAUUCCACUCUGGGCCCAUCAGCACCAGCCCAGCAAGAUAAUGUGCAGAACUCAGGGGAAGGACAAUACACUCUUCUUGGACCAGUACCCAACAAGGAUUAAACUGAAAUACUAAACUACGUGUUAAUUAUAUCUAUGUCACAUACUGAAAUGAUAAUAAAUGACUGUACAGAACAAUGAUUGAAAAAUGUUUAAAAAAUUGAAUUGUCCUAUAAUAUAUAUUUAUUUUUAUUGGAUAAUUGACUAAUGGAUAUUAAAAGGAUUUUAUUUUGGAGUGAUAUAA